UCGUCGUUAUUGGCGGCGACAGCGAGGACGAGGACGAACACGCGGACGCAAGCGAGACGAGCGAUAUCGAAGAUGAGGGUGUCGCGAUCAUUUUCGAGGUCUCUAGCCCUAGCACUGGCCCUGGCUUUCUUUUCGUCCAUCGUCAACCGUUGCGACACAUCUGAGAGCAUAAUAGGAAGCCGAGAAACAUGCGACGUCGAGGGAGAAGAUUUCACCGUGGACAAGAUCCCGAACACCAGGUGUUUCAAUUGCUUGUGCAAGAACGGCUUCGUCGAAUGCAGGAAGCAGCAAUGCCCUAGCAUCGAGGGUUGCUACACGUUGCUGGAGCCACACGAGGACGAAUGCUGCCACGAGUGCAAAGGUUGCGUGCGCAAUGGAGUGUACCAUGGAUCAGAGACUGAGUGGACCGAGGGAAACGAUGCGUGUAGAAUCUUCACUUGCAAAGCUGGAGUGAUCACAGAGUCUAGACUCCACUGUUAUACGCCAUGCUCGAAUCCUAUCCCUGCUCCAACUGGUCAGUGUUGUCCAAUAUGCGCGGGAUGCCACGUGAACGGACAAAUGGUAACAGCGGACAGAUCGGUAACGACCACGGAAGAUCCUUGUGUGACUUGCAGAUGCAACAGUGGCAGGUUAACCUGCGCGAAACAAGCCUGCCCGGUGCUCCACUGUCCUGGCUCCAAGAUCGUCCACGAUCCUGGCGAAUGUUGUCCACGUUGCACAGGUAGCGGAAGGUACUUGUCGCCGCCGAAAGGAGCAUGUAUGCUGGGAUCAGUUCUCUACAAUUCUGGUAAUCAAUUCUACCUGGAUCAAUGCACCAAAUGUAGCUGCUCGAAUUCGGCUGUUUCUUGUAUUCGAGAAACCUGCCCAGUGCAUGACUGUCCCGCUGAACACCAAAUAGUUCUGCCUGGUCGUUGUUGUCCCCAGUGUCCAGAAGUGGAAGAGGUUCGACCGUCGUGUACUUACGCGGGCAAAACUUACGGGGCGAGUAUUUUUGAUGGCGAAACUUGGAAGCUUGACUCGUGCAAGGCAUGCGCUUGCAUGCAAGGUAAAGUGCGGUGUGCGAUGCCGAUGUGUCCACCGCUGAAUUUGCCCUGCCCUCCAAAUUCGAGGCUGGAGCACCCCGAGGGCCAGUGCUGUCCGCGUUGCGUCGAAAGCGACGGCGUGUGCACCGUGUUCGGAGACCCUCACUAUCGCACCUUCGACGGCAAGUUCUACAGCUUCAAGGGAUCGUGCAAGUACCAACUGGCGAGCGAUUGCUCCGGGCACACGUUCAGCGUGCGGGUGACGAAUGACGCCAGGUCAACGAGAUUCUCUGCGUGGACGAAAACGAUCGCCAUUAAGGUGGGCGACUUGAAGGUGAAUCUCGGUCAGAAGAUGCGAGUGAAGGUAAACGGGAAGAAGGUGGAGCUGCCGUAUCGCGUGGCGAACCGGCUGGACGUGAACCGAACGGUGGACAGCAUAAUCGUAAGCACGCAGAUCGGAAUCAAGGUUCUCUGGGACGGGAUCAGUUUUCUCGAAGUGUCGGCGCCGACUUCGUACAGAGGCCGGCUUUGCGGUCUCUGCGGAAACUUCAAUUCCCUGCCGAAGGACGACUUUACCAAUCGAAGGGGCAGACUGUUGCAAGAUCCUCAGCCGUUCGGCCAGUCCUGGCUGGUAGGCGGAGCCAAGAGGAGCUGUACCAGGCCGAAAUUAGUUGCAAACUUGGAUCGGGCGAGACGAUGCAGAGGACGAAAAGAUCACCGGUUGUGUAACCGGCUGAGGUCGCAGAUCUUCGACGCUUGUCACAAGAAGGUGAACCCGACAAUGUACUACAAGGCCUGCCUGCAGGACAUGUGCGAAUGUCCCAGCGAGAACUGCUACUGCGAGUCGUUCACCGCGUACGCGCACGAGUGCAAGAGGUUGGGCAUUCAGUUGCCCCAUUGGCGAAAAUCGACCAGAUGUCGAACCGGAUGGGACCAGUUCUCAGGAUCCGGGACGCAGCUCGGUCCACGUUUCCCUUCAUGAUCCCUUCUUCGUCCUUUCUCUCGAGUCUCGCGAAAGGACAAAUAGACAGACAAGGAGAGUGUGUGCGUGCGUGCAUGCGCAAUCCUUGUCCCUCUCUCGCUCUCUAUCCGCGUUUGUCGGAUGGAUAUUCUCAGCUAGUCACCCGCGUUUCUCCCGCGCCGAUCGAAGCAAAUCGCGCAAACGAAUAAACGCACCACCGUGUCCCGAUGUUUUAUACUUUUUGCUCGCGAAAAGGACUUCCUCCUCUUCCGCUCCUUUCUCUUCCCUUAGUGAUCUUUUUUCGAAAGCUCAGACGAUUCCGGAGCACCGUGCAGUAUUUCGGCCGAUGAGCAGGCUCGCGGCAUACCGUCUACGUCCUAGAGCGUCUACACGCUCGACCGCGCGUCAAUACCCCUACAUCUCCUCCUCAUCCUCAUCCUCGCCCUCUUCUAGAUUAUUCUUUUAUCAAAGAUGUAAGGAACUACCUACACCCCCAUCUCCUUCCCGCUCAUUGUCCCUUCUUCCUUCGUGCUUUUCCACUUUUCACGGCAUUCCGUGCGUAUGUACAUAAACGUGCACUCUUCGAUCUCGGCGAGAUAUCGUCGAUUGUAUUGUACAUAGAUUCGUAGGACCAAACUUGCCGAGGAAACGCAUCGAUUUAUCACGUGACGUCUUUUUACCGCAAUCUUCAUAUUUUCUUAUCCGUCGCUUUACCCCGUUAUACUUUCGUACUUUUCUAUAAGCUCACCUCGAUCCUCGUACACAACUUUACUCCUACCCCCUUCCCGUUCCACUACUCUCCACUUU